AUGCAACAGAAAUUGGAUGAAGAAGAACUUGAAAGGACGAGAAGAAUAGAAACCUUAAAACAAGAAACCGAUAGAGAGCUCGCUGAAGCUCGCCAACAAGCUGCUCUCCCGAAUUUGGAAGCAGAGCUGCAGGAGCAAUUCGAUAGCUAUGACCUACUAGAAGUCGACAUGGAACUGGAGUCAGAAAUCGGGGGACGAAUCUCUUCUGCACCUGCACAAGUAAUUUCACAUACCCAUUUACACGAAGUCCAGAAUCCAGACAAGGUUACGACGGACAUGGCAACAACAUAUUCCUCCAGAACUGAUAAAACGUAUCCAUCGGUAUUUAAUAGCGAUCCACAACACGAAGGCAACCCAUUUUCCUCAACGCCAGCUACAGCUAACGAACCGACUCAACCAGAUGUAAUAUGGCUGGAGCCUUGGAGAACACUUGCCCCUGAAUACGCAUGGUGGACUCAAGUUCCUUCCUACCCUAAUGUACCAAGUCGUUCAGGUGCAACGCAACCUCGGAGAAUUCCGUCAAACCCACCAUACGUAUGGAAGACUCGAAUUCCCUACUACCGACGGCGAGAUCAACCAAGAACAGUUGACAACACAAGAUAUUGGCAUAAUACAACACCAAUUUACACGCGACCUUCUUCACAGCCUUUAACCUUUCCCUAUGGAUUCCAACAUCCAACGGUAAGACGUCCCACUCCAGUAAUACCACCUGCCACGUUGUCUUCCCCUAGUAAAAUUAGUGACCAGGAUUUCAACUCUGCGCGUAGUAAACCACCCGAAGUCGAUACAAAAGAGACGGGUCCCAUAUCUGAGCGUAAACCUAACCUUGUUCCUAUGAAACCACCACCAUAUCCAAACCAAGUGAAAUCAGCCCACGAUGCAGACCUCUUGCACACCGUGGCAUCAGCUAUGGAAAGAAUAUCCUUGGUGCAACAAAGAUUGUAA